CCUUUUUCAGGCAACUCCCACUGCGCAGGCGCAUAGAGUGCGCCAAGAUGGCGGCUCCCGUGGAUCUGGAGUUGAAGAAGGCUUUCACAGAGCUUCAAGCCAAAGUUAUUGACACUCAGCAGAAGGUGAAGCUUGCAGACAUACAGAUUGAACAGCUAAACCGAACGAAAAAGCAUGCACAUCUUACAGAUACAGAGAUCAUGACUUUGGUAGAUGAAACUAACAUGUAUGAAGGUGUAGGAAGAAUGUUUAUUCUUCAAUCCAAGGAGGUAAUUCACAAUCAGCUGUUAGAGAAACAGAAAAUAGCAGAAGAAAAAAUUAAAGAACUCGAGCAGAAGAAGUCCUACCUGGAACGGAGCGUUAAGGAAGCUGAGGACAAUAUCCGGGAGAUGCUGAUGGCACGAAGGGCCCAGUAGGGAAGCUCUAAGGGAAGUUGUUCCUCUUGCCUUCCUGUUCCUGGCAAGGGUGGAGGGGUGGAGGGACUAGCCUCCCCUCAGCCCUGACGGACAUUUGCCUGGACGGCUUGGCCACUCACACUUUCUCCCUCACCCUGAGCCCCUUCUGGACCCCAGCCCUGGAAUUUGGACCCUGGCUGUGCCUGCCGCCCUUGCCCAGGAUACUGUUCUCUCUUGAUACGUCAAGAACUCCCAGGAGGGCAGGUGGGAGCCAGGACAGAUGGAGACGCCCCGCCAGAGCCAUCACUAGGCAUGCUGGCUAGACCAAUAAAGGUGUCUGUCCCACUCC